GAUUCUGGGUGAAAGCUUGCUCUUGAUUUCAACUUUCGAAGUAGGCUUCGCGUCCAAAUAAAGUACUAAAAAGCCUGUUUAAGCAUGUAGAUGAAAUAAACGUUCAGUGUUAUAACAAUAGCCUCAUGAUUUUGAAAGUUGAAAAUGUGUGCAUUACUUAGGUAGUGCCUGAACAAACGAAUAUGUGACGAAUAAUGGUCAUAAAACGGAAAGACUUCCAGAAGGCAGCUGCCUUCAUUCACGAGUUCCUCCUCAAGCUCAAUGAAGAUGUGGAGUGUGCUGAAGUGCGCGACACCCUCAACUUGGCGCUGCUGCACAUGCAGAAGUACUACAGGUUGAUUCAGAACCGAUCGCAAGAGAAACAUGCAAACACGCUCUCCCUGACGGCGCGCGGGUUAAGUCCUAUGACCCCCUUUGUGGACGCCCCGGACAAAUUUUUGUGGAGAUGGAUCAACCUGGACAACACACGUCUUCCGUCCAACAUGGCGCUCGGCGAAAGCCUUAACUUCGUUGUGCUGCCGCCGGUUAUCAACGCUGUGAAAUGUGGCGAUGUGGAGCUGAUAAAUGAUCUUCUACAUCAGGACCCAGGCUGUGCAGACUGCAUCGAUGGACUGGGGCGCACUGGCCUCAUGUAUGCUGUCCACUUCUUUCAGCACGACGCUCUGCAGUUUCUGUUGGACCACCGGGCAGACCUCAACACACAGGCACACGGUUCUCUUCACUCCUGUCGCCUCAUCGUGGAGAUAGCCGGACACCGGUGCAUCAUGGACCAGGACAACCAAGGCCGCUCGCCGCUGCACCUGGCAACCAUGGGUGGCCACGGCGAUGUGGUCAACUUCCUGCUGGAGAAAGGAGCUGACGUGAAUGUAGUGGACAGCUUCAACGCCACGGCCUGGGACUACGCCCGCAUCAGGAAGCUGCACUACUGCCAGCUCAUCAUCAUGUCGCAUCAGAGGCAGAGACUCACCAGCAACCCCAACAGUCCCCUCCCCAGUGGUCUGGGGCUGCUCAUGAGAGAGGAGAGCGAGGUGCACGACAACUUCAGCAGAAUGAGCUUCCGCACGCGGUCUAACCAGUCGACGCCCAUCACCCCGCCCCACCCCCCCAAACGUCCGCGCUCGUCGCGCAUGUUGGUGAGGCGGGCCAACAGUCUGACCAAGGCGGACCGUGAGCGGUCCAUGGAGCGAGACCGCCUGAACCAGUCGCAGGAGCGGCCGUCCAUCAGCGCGGGAGGGGGUAGUGCCGGCCACGAUCGACGCAAGGAACGCAUCAAUGUAAAUGUGAACACAUCUAACAAGCGCGUGUCGGCGGGUGACAUCUUUAUGAACGGCCGUGAAGAUACGAUGAUGACUGACUCCUCCAGGGUAGGUCGGGCCAGCCAAUGGUCGGGGCAGCCAAUGAAUGGUCGGAGAGACUUGUGGGUGAGACAGGCUGUCUCUGACGUACAGAGAGACUUGUGGGUGAGACAGGCUGUCUCUGACGUACAGAGAGACUUGUGGUUUUCCUUCCUGUGUCCAGGUGUCCUUGAGGGGCGCCGCAUCCCGCCCCCGGCCCUCACCCCCCUCAUGAACGCCCCGAAACCCCCGACACUGGACAGCUUUGACCGCAUGGACAAGAAGAAAAAGAAGAAGAAAAAGGAACGGGACAGAAGAGACGCCGCCUCGCCCCCGCAGAAACCUGAGCACCCUGCGGACAUCCCCCCGCCCCGAGGGUUUGCCGCACCGCUACACCCUCACAUGCAGGGUCCUGGUGUACAGGGAAGCCGCGCCUCCUCUGCUGCCCCGCCCCCUCCCCGGUUCUCCAAAGGGACGCCGCAGGUCUCCGACUCCAGAUAUGUUGACGAAAAUGUUGACGAGGAUUCGACCCCUCCGGUUGUGAACGGGUUUGCUGUUCAGAUCCGUGACGGAGCCACCAAGUCCGCCCGGCCGGGGUUCCGCGGGGGUGCGGGCGGCGUGAUAGAGGAGGAGGGGCCCGGGGAGCUGGGAGAGACGGCCAUGAGCUUGGAGCCGGCCGAGGCCACCGUGGGACAAAGCCCCAUCCAAGAAGUGGAGGAGGAGGAUGUGGGACCCUUGUACCCCCCGCCACCGUCCUUCCGUGGAGCGACCCGCACUGGGGGCCGUCAGCUGGCACAGUCCAUUCCUCAGCUGUAUGAUUGUCACAGGUUUCCUCUAGGGUCUGUAUGAUUGCUACAGCUGUCUGUAUGAUUGUCACAGGUUUCCUCUAGGGUCUGUAUGAUUGCUACAG